AAGAGGCUAAAUCAUAGUUUCUCCAUUUUGUUAUAAUCCAAAUGCAUUUAUAUUACUAGUAUUAUUAUAAAGUGCCAGAAACACAUACAGUCCCUUGCAAACACGUUAAAUAGACAAGAGACUAAAUUCCGCCCGUGGUUACACUUGCACAUCUCCAGCAAAAGGGCUGUUACGCUGCAGAGCGCUCUCCCCAGGGAAGCUGUUUGAAAAGCCCUGCCAUUGUUCUAACAAAGCUCAGUGAUAAUGUAGUGCAUGACGAGAGUAAAUGGAAGAGUAUUUUAGUUCAGAUUUGAUGGCCUGCCCUUUCCAGCAUCUAAUAAACCAAAUCUCUUUUGUCCCCAUUUCCACAAGUAGCCCCAGUCUCUCAGACCAAAACUACAGUAUCUUAUUGGAACAAUGUCAGAAGUGGGAGGUUGUCACCUCUCUGACAUUUUCUUGCUUAAACCACAUUCUCUUUUGUGAUCACGAGGCUGUGACUUCUUUGAGGAAGCGUUUUGAAUUCUUCAAAGUUUAUUGAGUGCGGUUCCUGUAAAAUUCUUAUUAAACAUCCCUGUUGGAUGGUAAGUAAUCUGGAGUAGCACUGACAGGGACUGUCCCAUGGUUUUACAUUUGCAGGACCAGAGAAAGCAAUACCAGGAGAUGCAAGUGCAAGGCAGGCAGGUCUGCUUCGUGCUGGCAUCUAGAGCUGUUGCAGAGGUUGUGAAAGCUGCCUCUACAUUGUCCCCUGGCCAGACAGGUGGAGAGAGAGAUCUUCAGUGAGAAGUGAAAUUGAAUUUGUUAGUGUUUAAAAGGAUGUGUUGGAAACAAUUGGUGCAAAUGAGGCCUCUUGCCUGCUCCCCUGAGCAAAUUGCUGUCUCUGUGGAGCAUCAGCUUCUCAGUCCAUCAAAUUGCAGUAAUCAAGUCUGGAGCUGAUGGGGGCAUGAGUCACCACUUAAUUUUCUCAUCAAUGGAGGCCAAGUUUUCAGAAUAUUUUUAGAUGCAUUUCUGUAGAGAUUUCUGCCAGCCAGUGACCUGUAGAGUGACAAGAAAAUGAGCAAUAGCUGCUGUUGAAUCAGGCUCUGCUCCCUGCCGCCUACCUCACUGACUGCAGUUUUGGGCAGGGAGGGCAUGUGGCCUUUGGCUUCAUUAUGCAGAAAAGACCCCCACUGAGUUGAUCCCAAGACCUGGAUUUGCUAAGUAAUAACAUAACCUGUUAAUUCUUAGGAUAUCUGGUAGGUCCAAAUCAGCUGUGACUCUGCACUGCUAGCCCAGACCAGAAGCUGGCACGAGAUGAGAAAUAGAUGGUGAUCCCUGUCCAUAGAGACAGCCAGGACCUGACAGAUGCAGCAUGUAGAAGAGGCCAUGCAUCUCACAUGGAUCCCAUGCUGGUGCAUAUUGUCUGCUCUUUACCUGUCUUCAAAGUAGCCACCUGGCACAACCAUUUUUCACCCAGUUCAGAAGAAAAAAAAAUCCUUUUUGGAUGACAUCCUCUGUGGGUGUGCUGCAUCCAAUGUAAUUGUAACAAAGUCCAGGGCUUGCAGGUGUUAGCAUGCUGAUACUAGUUCAUGUCUAUAAGAGAAAAAUGACUAUUUAUGGUCAGUUUUCUUAUUAAACAGUUCCAAAUUCUGAGGAGAAUCAACUCCCUUAGAAGAAAAUGGGCUGCCUCAAAGGAAAGACCAUUUCAUUGACAGGAUUAAAAAAAAUUGUGGAGGUCAUGUGAGGACUGGCCUUUUGCCAGAAGAAUUGCAGAAAAUAAAAUUUGAGAGUCCCAUGACAAUAAUCGGGUAUGAAAUUCUAUUGACAAAAGCUUUUGCAAUUCUGUGCUCCUUCUGUUUCUUGGCAUUGUGACUCCAGUCCUUCGCCAUUCCUUUGCUGCACAGCCCAUGCCCAACAUGUUACAAAAUUGUAUCUUAUUUCCUAGUGCAUUCCGCCUGUAAUUUUGCCACUUCUUUGCCAACGGUGUUUGACAAAAUAUAUAGUGUCUUUUUUUCCCUAUCUUCAACCUAAAUUCCACACACACCCCCUUUUUUUUAACUUCUCCCAGUUAACUGUCCCUAACUGAACCUGUUGGCGUCAUCACCAAGAUGAUGCUCUCAUCUGCUUGGAGAGCACCUCUGAGAAGAUGCUCUCAGAGACCUCAUCCCAUAGCAGCAUGACAGGAUAACUGUGACCGAGAAGCCAGGGCAGCUUUCCAAGACGCUGCUCAAGGAAGCAGAAAUCAGCCUUUUGUGCUGACACUGAAGAACUUUACACAUCAAAUUAUGAUUCUCAUGUUCUUCGUUAGGAUUCACAGCUCCCCUGGACAAAAGUGCCUGCGCACACGUGGGCCCACAGCUCACCACUGUAUCCAGUAUAUAGUCGCUGGAUACUCCUUUGGGCAAUCCUCUAGUAUUGUGUGAUAUGUUUAACCAAGUUGUUCAGCAAAUUCUCGCCUAUUCUGCUUCAUAAUAUUGCUUUAAAUUAGAGAAAUUUCAGGAGAACCUCAGUAUUUUUAUUUAUAAAAAUGACAAAAUAUAUAUUUAGUUAAAUAUUUCAGAUCACAAUUUGUAUGAAAAAUUAACUGUAACUUGCAAACAGUGGCUCAGGACUAAAAAAGAUACAGGUAGAGGAUUUGGCUCACUCCUUCACUCUACCCCUUCCCCAAAACAUACCCACAGUCUUCCAGGUACCUCACAGUGAGUUGUUUAAAGCCCUUUUCAGAAAACCCCUACACCAUCUCUGUAUAGGUGCAACUCCCUGAUAAAUAAAAUAUAUCCCAGAGGCAUAACAGCGUACUGAAAAUAAGAGUGUGACACAAUUUCAGCCACCUAAUAUGAUAACUCUAUUUGAUGCAGCUCACAGAGUGCUAAUGUGGGAAGCCUGUCUCUUGUCAGCUCGUCGGAUCUCUCCCCACGCCGGAGCUGAAUCCCGCAGCCACACACAAGCAGCAGCGUGGGAGCGGGCCUUCCCCAAGGCCCCGGUAAUUUUGUCACCCUGUGCUCACAAACUCCCCUCUUUCUGACCCCAAAUGUUAAAAACAUCGCUGAGUUGUGAGACAUGGGAUGUGUGAGUCGGGGGAGCAGAAUGAAAGCAGAUGCUGCCUGUGGAGUCUGACUUUGUCGUGUUUCAGAUCAGGAAACACGUAUUUGUGAUGCGUAACACUAAUGUAUAACCUCUCUGAUUAUGAAGGCCAUAAAGAGCUUUAUGUAGCUAUACUACCCGAUGUCAAUGUUCCCAAAUGAUCUCAUUUAAAUUAUCCAUCAGGACUUCAUUUAAAAAGCAAGAAAACUCAAGUCUUGCUGGCACCAUUUUUUUAGAAGAUUUUUAGGUAGCUUUUUAAAUUAUUAUUAAACGUGCAUAUCACGUGUAGAAAAACUGCUUAUCACUUGUAACAGGAUGUGUAUUAAACCAUUAUAUUCUAUGUUAUUUAGGAAUAAAUUUUGCCUCUUUAGCUCUUUACUUUUGACAGCAAACUCUCCCUGCUAAUUCAUCCUGUUUGGAUUUUUUGCUUUGAUUUAUAUAUAAACAUGUUCCAGUGUAUUGCAAGCAGCAGCUCCUAUGUUUGAAAAAUAAAUUUAUUGAGAAAUUUCAAUCUUUUCCAAUACUAGUGAAAAUAAAACAAAAUUUAGUCUGUUAAGAUAGUAAGUGGUAUUCUUUGGAUAGCUGGUGCUUGGAAUGUACUUUAAUUUUUUUUCAGAAGCCCAAAUUUAGGAGUUUAUUGUUGUAGCAACAAAAAGUUUGCUCUGAACAAUCCCAGAAGAACAAUACAUUCUCAGAAGGAAAAGAGUGUUUACCGCCAAUAAUUCAGCUGCUAUAAAUUAUGACUGUAAAGAAAGAGAAAAGGGUUACUUUUUAAAACUUGCUGCCAGAUUCUGGUUCCAAUGAUGCUGAGUAAGGUAAGUAAUGUUCUUUUGAUUAACAGUCAAGCCUUGAGUGGUGUCGUUUAAAGAAGAUUUUAUUAAGCUUUUUUCUCAAAUCCAUCUUUUUUGUUCUAUUUUGAAUGGACUCCCAUCUGAGGAAAACUCUCAGUUACCUUUUAGCCUACAUUAAAUUCACACUGGCAAACAUAUGAGAAUUAUUAAUUUGCUCCAGAAAGAACUAAUAGACUUUGCCAAAUAAAUCAUGCAAAUGACCCGGUGAGCUAUUCAUCUCUUCUGCAUAUUAUUGCUUAAAAAUCAUGAUAGUUUCCCCUUAAAAAUCAAAAGUCAAAUCAGUACUUUGACUUCCAGAGACGAAUUUGGACUUGUGGUUGUUUUGUGCCUUAUUUUUUCUUGUUUGCAGCUCAGAAAAUCACAGGGAGCCGGUGAGCGUGGUGGAUUGCUGCCUUCCAGGAGUCUCUUCACUUGUUCCUGCAACUCUAUGUUAGGGCUGCAUUCUUUGCUUUAACGGGGAUUCUGCAACUCAGCCAGCCUGGAGAUUGGUAGUAACUGCACUACCCUUGGUUACUCUGCAGUGGGAGGGCCAUGGUGUGGCCACCCUUCUCUUGAAAGUGAAGAUGUUUAAGACCGUCAAGCUCACCUGUGCAAGUUCUGUAUUGGGAUGCAGCAAAGGAACGUUGAUAUUUCAGUGGAAACUGGUGUAAACUAAAGUUCAACUCUGGGUCGUGGUCAGCAGCACACCAAAGUGCACACAGGACCCGACUAUGAUCACCAUUUAAUCUGAACACUCCCUUGUGUCAUGAGGUCUAAGGAACACAGCGCAACUCUGCAUGACUGAAGAUCAAAGGAGCUGCAGGAGAAAGGAAGAAGCUAAAAGACAAGUUGAUGACGUGCAGUCUUUCAUACUGCAGACCACUGACUAGUGAACUCCAGGAUAAAGAUGGUACCAGACAGGAAGAAGUGGAAGGUGAACUCAGUGAAGAAGAACGCUGGUUUGGAAAUUCUUCAGAAACUCCUUCAGAAGCAUCAUAUGGAGAAGUCCAGGAGAACUUUAAGUUGUCUCUUGAGGACAGAAUCCAAGAACAGUCCACUUCUCCAGAUACUUCUUUGGGAAGUGCAACUCCUAGCAGCAACACAGCAGAGCUGGGAACCAUUGAAAAUGACGCACUAAGAGACACGUUACAGAGCAAAGAGCACCUUUCUCCUGAUGUGUCGUCUCUGUGUGAAGAAGAACCUCCUGGGCCAAAUAAGCCACUGAGUAGUAAUUUGAGGCGGCUGCUGGAGGCUGGCUCCCUCAAGCUGGAUGCUGCUGUUACAGUCAAUGGCAGAGUUGAGUCCCCUGUAAAUCUCGGCUCAAAUCUCUCCUUCUCUCCACCUGCUCAUCAUGCCCAGCAGCUGAGUGUUCUUGCCAGAAAGCUUGCUGAGAAACAGGAACAAAGUGACCAAUACAAUGCAAGUAGUCACUUUAUUUGGAAUCAAGGUAAGUGGUUGCCAAACUCAACCACCACCUGUGGUUUGUCCCCUGAUUCAGCUAUCCUGAAACUGAAAGCUGCAGCCAACGCUGUUCUGCAGGACAAAUCACUUUCAAGGACUGAAGACACUGUAAGAUUUGAAUCCUUUUCCUCACCGUUUAGUUCUCAGUCAGCCAGCUCCACGUUAGCAGCUUUAUCUAAGAAAGUAAGUGAAAGAAGCAUGACUCCUGGGCAGGAGCACCCGCCUCCAGCUAGUUCUUUCCUUUCUCUGGCUUCUAUGACCUCUUCAGCUGCCCUUCUCAAGGAGGUUGCUGCAAGGGCUGCAGGCACUUUGUUGGCUGAGAAGAAGAAAUCACUGGUUGCUGAGGAUCCCCUGCAGCUUUCAGAGAUGAAGCAAGAGAAAGCAACUCCACCACAGUCUUUGGAAUUAUUGUUACUGCCAGUCCCUAAGGGAAGAGCAUCCAAACCCACUAAUACAGCCUCAGAAGAAGAAGGAGGAAAGCCUUUCCAGUGUCCCAUCUGUGGCUUGGUUAUCAAGAGGAAGAGUUACUGGAAACGGCACAUGGUGAUUCAUACAGGUUUGAAAAGUCAUCAGUGUCCUCUCUGUCCAUUUCGCUGUGCACGCAAGGACAAUCUCAAAUCACACAUGAAGGUUCAUCAGCACCAAGACAGGGGCGAGACCUUUCAAUGCCAGCUAUGCCCUUUUACCUCCUCCCGCCACUUCAGCCUGAAACUCCAUAUGCGUUGCCACCAACAUUUCCUCAGGACAGAAUCCAAAGUGAAGGAGGAAAUACCAGAAACUGAGGUGAAGGGGUCACCACAGUUAAAUAGUGACUCCUGCCCGGGACCACAGAGGGAAGGAGGUGGACCUGACCUUACGGGAUCAGCAUCUGUAUCUAAAACACCCGAUGUGGCUGGGCAGCCUAGUGGAGGUAUUCCACCUUUACUGGUGAAAGAAGAGCCCAAAGAUGACAAUGGCAUCUCAGCUGCACCUUUUGCUCUUAACACUGUUGACAGAGCCCCCAACAACACAAAGCUGAAAGACUCUUCUGACUUUGUGGUCAAUACAGCAUCAGCACUAUUCAGCCAGGACAUCUCUGUCAAGAUGGCAUCAGAUUUUCUUAUGAAGCUGUCAGCUGCAAAUCAAAAAGAGCCUUUGACUCCUAAAUUUAAAGUGAAAGAUGAGCCGAAGGAUGAGGAAGCUGCAGGUUCAGCCUUGUCUCAGUCCAGCUACGUGUUCAGCCAGGAAUCCGAAGCCUCAGCUCCAAACAUCCCUGAGGAGAAACUCAAGUCACAGGAAGCACAGACAAAUGUGAUGAGGCAGGACAUGUCAGUCAAGGCAGCAUCUGAACUCCUCAUGAAACUCUCAGCUGAGAGUUACAAGGAAACCCAGAUGGUGAAGAUAAAAGAAGAACCAAUGGAAGUUGACAUUCAUGAUUCGCAGGCUUCAGUGUUACCCAGCCAACCCAGCCAAAAUGUUGGCUACAGCACUUUACUAGGGCGAGACAUUAGUGAACACAUACAGAAGGCACCAGAAGGUCGUGUGAUCCCGGACAGAAAUCUCUUCAGCCAAGAUAUAUCAGUGAAGAUGGCAUCCGAGCUGCUCUUCCAGUUAUCAGAAAAGGUGAGCAAAGAGCACAACCACAAUAAAGAUAACACCAUCAGAACUACAGCCAGCCCUUUCUUUUCUGAAGACACAUUUAGACAAUCACCGUUCACUUCCAACUCAAAAGAUCUCCUGCCUAAUGAAACUACUCUUCAUGGAAGAACACCUGCACCAGAACCUGAAAAGCUGGGACUGGAGGUGGGAAAUGGAUUGCCAUCUUGGAAAUUUAAUGACCAGCUCUUUCCCUGUGACGUGUGUGGAAAAGUGUUUGGUCGACAGCAGACUCUGUCCCGCCAUCUCUCACUGCACACAGAAGAGAGAAAAUACAAAUGCCACUUGUGCCCCUAUGCUGCUAAGUGCCGUGCUAAUCUGAACCAGCACCUGACCGUCCAUUCUGUGAAGCUGGUGAGUACAGACACUGAGGACAUUGUCAGCGCUGUCACUGCUGAAGGCAGCGAUGGAAAGAAGCACCCUUAUUACUACAGCUGUCAUGUGUGUGGGUUUGAGACGGAGAUGAAUGUCCAGUUUGUCAGUCAUAUGUCCCUCCAUGUGGAUAAAGAGCAGUGGAUGUUCUCGAUUUGCUGCACAGCAUGUGAUUUUGUCACCAUGGAAGAGGCAGAUAUGAAGGCUCAUGUCAACAGCAAGCACACAGCUGAAGAGAGGAAGACACCCAGUGAAUCUAACAGUCCGUCGUCAUCUUCACUGUCAGCACUGAGUGACUCUGCCAACAGCAAAGAAGAUGCAGAUGUAACCCCAAAAACCAAGGCGUCAAACAACCUGCUGGUCAUUUCUGUAGUGCCUGGUAGCCAGACCUCAGUGAACACUGAAGAGAAAACAGAGAAAGGCUUUGAGUGUGUUUUCUGUAACUUCGUCUGCAAAACAAAAAAUAUGUUUGAGCGCCAUCUGCAAAUCCACUUGAUCACACGGAUGUUUGAGUGUGACGUGUGCCACAAGUUCAUGAAGACACCUGAGCAAUUAUUGGAGCACAAGAAAUGUCACACUGUCCCCACCGGUGGGCUCAAGUGCCCGUUCUGCAUCUACUCCACUAACCGCCCCGCAGCGAUGGAGUGCCACCUGAAGACUCACUACAAGAUGGAGUACAAGUGUCGGAUCUGCCAGACAGUGAAAGCAAAUCAGCUGGAGCUGGAGAUGCACAUCCGAGAACACCGCCUUGGCAACCAUUACAAGUGCGACCAGUGUGGCUACCUGUCCAAGACCGCCAACAAGCUGAUUGAACACGUGCGUGUCCACACCGGCGAGCGCCCUUUUCACUGUGACCAGUGCAGCUACAGCUGCAAACGCAAAGACAAUCUCAACUUGCACAAGAAACUGAAGCAUGCUCCACGCCAGACUUUCAGCUGUGACGAGUGCCUGUUCAAGACUACCCACCCUUUUGUCUUCAGCCGCCACGUGAAGAAGCACCAGAGUGGGGACUGCUCCGAAGAGGAGAAGAAGGGCCAGUAUUCAACCUCCAAGGAAGCCAGUCCACUCCUACCAGUGAACAGCUCCAGAAACCUCCUGUCACCCCUCUCCGUUAUGUCUGCCUCCCAGGCUUUGCAAACAGUGGCUUUGUCAGCUGCACACGGCAGCAGGGCAGAGCCAAACCUGGCAGUGAAAGCCUUGGCCAUCAAUGGCACUUCUCUGUGCUUUGAUAAAUACUGGAACUCAGAGUUUGCCCACCUUAUUCCUUUAACAAUGUUUUUCCCCAAAAACCACUAUGAGCUCACAUUCCAUCCACCCAGACCUCAGACUGCACCAGGAGGUGCCUCUUCACCGAAACACUCCUUCCUUGCCUACCUUGGACUAACAGAAAGGGCAGAAACUGUCUGAGGGCAGUUACUUUCUGUACCAAAAAUACCCCAACAAACCCAGCAGGUACACAUUGCUGCAAAAUGUAGACCGAAGAGGUAACGAACACUUGUGCUAUAUCAUUAGUAAGGUUUAGAAAAUGGCUCUGUGUGUAUACUUAUUGCAUUGACAUGAAAGCUGCUUUAUUAAAUCUUUAAGAGGUGACCUACUGCAUACUUCUACCUUCAGAGGCAUGUUCCCAGUACUCUUAUCUAAGAAACUAUUUUGUCUUGUUAAGCUGAAAAAGAGUGUCCUUAAUGGCAAUCAGCACUUGUAAGAUUACAUAUUGAUGCAUUUUAUUUUUGGUCUUUGUGUGCGUGCGGGUGCGUGAAAGAGAGUCUGCCUGUAGCGUGCCAGGACGUUGCUUUUGCACAUCCCUUGUAGUGGCUUAUUUAAUUAUUAUUAUUCUUUUCCCCUUUUUUACACACUUGCUCCCUCCCCUCCAUCUCCCCCUGAACUGUAGAGUUGCGCGACGCUUAGUUCAGGGUGGCUCAGUGUAUUAUUUCAGUGCUGUUUGCAGCUUCCUUUAGUUGUUUGAUGCCUUGAACUCGGUCGUCAAGGUUUGAGGAUUUGGGGCAGGACUGAUGAGGAAGAAGUUGCUUUCAGCACUGCAGGAUGAGUGUGACAAUGACAAGCGUGUGUAUGUACACACACACGCACGUGCAGUGUGUGCAGUCUACACAGCCACACGGCAGGCCCAAUUCUUAACUGUUACACAGGUGUAACAAACACCUGCGCCUGGGCCAUAGCAUACAUCUUUUGUUUUAAAAGGGCAUAUAAAUAUUAUAUAUAUAUAUAUAUAUACUGUGUUAUGCAGUGGUUACCUUUUAGUUUGCAGGAACAACUUGUAUAACUAAAAUUCUAUGGUGGAAAAAAAUCCAACGAGGGGAUUUAAAAAAGGGUAUGGAUGAAUUCUGGGUAUAAAUACUCAGACUAAAAAAAAAAGGCAGUUUUGCACAGUGCUUUAGUCUUGCACUAGUUUGUUUCUCACUUGCAAAAAACAAAAAUUUUCUGUGGGCUGAAAGUAAGACAACUGUAUAUUUGAAAAGGUACCAGUAUCUUCUUUGAAAUAUGAAGCUAUAAAAAUAUGCUGUUUGAACCAUACAGUUCUCUUUUAUACCCUCAAUAUUUCAAUUGUACUUGCAAAUUCUACAGUCCUAUUGAUACCCUCCAUGUUAUUAGUAAUACUUUAUUCCUUUUUGUUAAUGGCAGACAGAGCGUACGCUGCUAGGAAGCUGACUUUAUACUUGUUUAACCUUCCUACUUGUGGUCAUUAAAAUGACAUGUUAUAUGUAGCACUUUAUUGCAGGAAGAAGCAAAUGCGGAUUGGUUGUAUAACCUUUGUUAAUCUCAAAAAUGCUAAAAGUGAUCGUAAAGAAGAGAAGCUAACUGACUGUUAAUUGAUUUGUGUUUCUUAGACAACUUAAUAUCCAGGAUUAUAAUUACUCUGCAUUAAAAUUGGAAGUAUAUAAAGUCAGAAACCUUUGAAAAUUAUCAUGUGAUUUACAGGAAUGUGUUCUUACUGGAUUCUUGUUUUCCAUGGUGUCUCUUGGAUUCGGAUCUCGUUGUCUUUCACCAGGUGCUAGAGAUGUCUGACCUACCUUUUGUCAGAGUCCCCUCUCUGUCCCGUGGCCAAGCCACCGUAGGAGGUGCCCUGAGUCACAUCUAAUGUGCUACACACCCACCCUCACGCUGUCCCGGAGGAACUUGUUCUGCAGGUGCUUGUGGGAUGGGGGGGAUCUGACAGGCCACUUGGAGCCAGCCCCUUGUUUGUGACAGCACUAGAGCAACACCCCAGGUCAGAAAGGUAUUUCUGGUCCACAGGGGCUCUUAGCCAUAUGCACAACUAGAAACACAAUCUCAGUCUUCAUUAGUUCUUAAAUGAAGCUUGUGUAGAGAUACAUUGUUGCUGCAAAACUUGAAUCACUUAACCUAUUUGCAAGAUUCCUACAUUCGUUUUGCACUGAGACGGCCAAACAUUCUCCACUGUCAUGACCAAACUCUUCCUGUUCAGGGAAGACACCCUGAUCUGUGCACUCCUGUUAACAGACUGCAAGCCACUUACAAGGGGAAAACAUCCAAAAUAGUAGCAGGUUGUCAUUUGGAAUUACUAAUUAAAGGACAGAGAAGUCCCACCAUUUUAUUUACAUUCCAGCAGACAGUUUUGGUUCUAAUGAGCAUGUGACAGUUCUGUCUGUCUAAGCAGCGAAGAAAAGCCAUCUGUUCCAAAGUACCUGUAAACCUUUGUAAACACCUACCUAACUCAGGGCCCUGUUUGCCAUGCUUUACUCAUUUACAACUCCUGGUUACUCCCCAUCCCCCACACCAGAGUACAGACAAAAGACAAAAUGCUAUAUCAGUAAAAAAGCAUAAAACACCGAGUCUCUCGACAGCAUGAAAUAUGCAAUUUGCAUCCAGAAACUCUACCAGUUCUUUAAAAUCCACUCUGUAUCUCAGACCCCCACCAUAGAAGAGCAAAGACUUCCAAUCAGCUUGUUUUUCAAACCGACAGGUAAAGUACAGCUGUCUAGGAGGAAGAAGUAGGAGUAUUAGUGGGACACUUUAUGUAAACCAAACUGCAGUUUGAAUAGGGCUGGAACUUCCAAGAACAAGCUGUCAGCACGUGAACGCCACGUGUUUGACAGCUGUACCCAGUAUCUGACAUAGUAAUGUUUAACGUACCUGGCAAAUUUGCUUAGCACUUUGGAAAGGAUAAAUUAAUUCUUUCUGGCAAGUUAUAGAAAUUUUCUCUGUAAGGAAAAGUGUGUUAGGAGGUUUUUAUUUUUUUAAGAAAAAAAAAAGUAUGGUAUUUAUCAUGCAUAUUAAAAUAAUUGGUUUGAAGUUCAAGACUAAAGAAAGGAAUGUUGUCCAGAGGUACCCCCUACUGACUAACGACCAACAGCUCUGAUAAAUUCCCCCCACCAUAAACGUAAUUUCAUACUGGUUUUCACUAUGCAUUCUUUAAUGAAAGCUAGUGUGUUUCUCCAUUUGGUAAUUCAGUUGAAGUUCUCAGCACUUUUUUCUUUCUUCUGUCUUUUUUUUUUUUUAACUUGUUGUAUUAUGUUCAAAUAUCAUUCUGUCAAGGUUUGUGUACAUUAAUAAAAAUUUGUAUUGUAUAAAGCUUUUUGCAUUAUAAGGCUGUACAGGGUCAUUUUGACAGUAACUGGUAUAUUCCUUUGCAUCUUAUGUUGCAUUGCCAAUUUCUAGUGUAUCCAGUUUGGAAGUACAAUAUACUCUAAUUAAAAAGGUUGACUAUA